AAGGAGAAGGGAUCAGCACUGGGGAAGGAAACAAAACACCCACUGCCCAGGACGGUGAUUUCCUCUCCUGAGCAGCUUUACAGCCCUGCCACCCCAGAAGGGCUCCGGACACCAGGACAGCGUCACCACCUUGUGUGGCACGGAGCAAGUGGCACCAGUCUUAUGGCAGGAUGUGGGGGACACCGGGCACGGGGGCGCGGAGCAUCCGUCCCUACCAGUCCAGCCAGCAGUACCUGUACGCCAUGAAGGAGGACCUGGCAGAGUGGCUGAAGGAGCUCUACGACCUGGACAUCGAGGUGGGCACCUUCCUGGAGGUGCUGGAGACAGGGGCUGUGCUUUGCUCCCACGCCAACCACGUCACCCAGGUGGCCGAGGACUUCGCCCGUGCCUGCCCUGACGCGGCCCGGCGCCUCCACCUGCCCCGUGCCGGUGUCACCUGCAACCUCACGGCACAGCCAGGCACCUUCCAGGCCAGGGACAAUGUCUCCAACUUCAUCCAGUGGUGCAGGAAGGAAAUGGAUAUCAAAGACGUCCUGAUGUUCGAGACAGAGGACCUGGUGUUGAGGAAGAACGAGAAGAACUUCGUGCUGUGCCUGCUGGAGCUGGCUCGCCACGCCUCCCGCUUCGGGAUGCGCGCCCCAACCCUGGUGCAGAUGGAGGAGGAGAUCGAGGAGGAGCUUCGGCAGGAGCUGGACCUGCCCCCCGUGGAGCCCACCCUGUCCCGGCCCCCCAGGAAACCUCGGGACCUCAACAACCUCGACCUGAUGGUCCAGCACCUGGUGAGCCGCUGUACCUGCCCUGUGCAGUUCCCCAUGAUCAAGGUCUCGGAAGGGAAAUACCGUGUGGGGGACUCUGACACCCUCAUCUUUGUCCGGAUCCUGCGGGAGCACGUCAUGGUGCGGGUCGGGGGCGGCUGGGACACGCUGGAGCACUACCUGGACAAGCACGACCCGUGUCGCUGCACCUCGCUCUCUCACAAACAAGCGUGGAAAGCCCGGAGCCCGCAGCAGCAAGUGCAGCACGAGGUCCGGCUGUGCCCGGCCCCGAGGGCGGCCCGCAGCCCCCAGCCCGCGCUGCUGGUCAGCCGCUCCCAGAGCCCCCUGCCCCCCGUCACCUGGGGGGGCCGCGUCCCCCCGGGCCCCCCGGGCCCUGCCACCGCCUCGCCAGAGGGCUCGGGUGGCCAGCCGGGUGCCAGCCCUCAGCGAGAGCCAGCGCAGCCCCGGAGGGUCCCUUCGGGCAGGAUGCGGGAGCCGCCCGCUGUCCCCAUGGGGAGGACACCGCCACCAUCCCGGUCACCUGCUCGGUGCAGCUCCCCCGGGCACGGGGCGAGGGGCCGGGCACCCACCCCUUCCCGGCUGAGCGUCCCGAACGGCGCGGGGGUCCCCAGGGCCCCGCAAGGGAAAAGCCCCCCUGUGGCACCGGCACGGGGCAGGGCCGCAGCACCCAGCCCACGGACGGGACCAGCACCUCCGGGAAGCAGCCAGCAAGGAAGAAAAUCAUCAGCUGUGGUGGCCGCCAGGCCACAGGGAAAGAGGCCACCCAUCACAGUGACACCCCGAGCCCCCAGCCCCCUAAAGGUCUGCACCUCCUCCUGGCACCGGGAUGCCCCUGGAGGCUCACAGAGCCUGCAGAGCCCACGGGAAGGGAGGCAGAGAGCUCUCGGCCGGGGCCCGCAGCCCCCACCCCGAAAUUCCUCCUGCCAACCCCCAAAACUGGACAGCGGGGUUAAACCCCCCCUCAAAGCCAGCCUGGCCCGGCCCGCCACCCCUCUGGGCGGUUCUGCAGAGGGGUGCAAGGGCUGUGGGGCUGGGGACGGUCCCCAGGGGACACGGCAGUGCCACCCAGCCCCGCACCCAAGGGCUCCCCCAGCUGAGGGACCUGGGCUGCCGGAGGGUGAAGCCGGGGCAGCCUGCGGCCCCGGCAAUGGGGCUGAGGGGCUGCGGGGGUGCUGUGGGAACACGCAGCCCCCCGGCUAUGACAGGGUGGUGGAGGAGCUCUCCCGCGGGCCGCAGCCCCUGCGCCCUGUGGGGACGGGGAGCCAGGUCCCCAAGACACCCGCCCGAGCUGCCCCGCAGCUCCCGGCCCCGGGGGAGGCACAGCGGCCGGGGGUGGGGGGCCACACCCCGCGGGGACCCAGGGCCAACAACGCGGCCAAGCCCCGGCGGUGCCUGAAGAAGCCCGAGCGUGUGCCCUCCAUCUACAAGCUGAAGCUGCGGCCCAAGGUGCGUCCCCGGCGGGAUCACAGGCCGGGCAAGCGCCCCUCACGCAUCCCCACCCCGCUGGGGCAUCGCCCCCCUGCCCCCCGGGGCCAGCACCGCCCUCCCGGAGCCCCCCGGGCCCCCCAGAGCGGCAGCACACACCCCACGGCCAAGCCCUCCCUGGGUGACAGCGGCACCUGGCUGACCGAGGAUGAUGAGGAGUCGUGGGUCUGAGCCCACCCCGGGAGGCGGUGGGGACUGACGGAUGGACAGACAGAGCCCUCCCUCCAAAGGUGGGAGUGAUGCUGAAGCUGAAACUGGAGCCGCGGUGCCCGAGGAUCCCAAGGGUGGCAAACUGAGGGGCCCCACCUCACUUGUCCGAGCUGCACCCCUUCCUACCCCGUGAAUUUUUUCUGUACUGGUAACCCUGCUAAAAAGGCACUUUUGUACUGGUUUGGGUGGAAAAAUCCAGCCCCAGGAUGAGAGAAUGGGAUGUUUUCUGCAGGAGGAAGGGUUUAGCCCCACCUGAAGUGGGGACACCCCACCCUUGAAAUCCAUAAAAACCAUCUCAUACCUCGAUGUUCCCCUUCUGCACCGUGGGACCAGCGAGCCUCGUGUGUGACAGCUCCAAGAGCCCUCAUGAGUCACUCAGGCUGGGGGGUCACAGGAGGGGACCCCUGCUGACCCCCGUGGUGGCCGUGGUCCCUUCUGGGGUGGUGGAUGUCACCGAGGGUCACAGCAGGCACUGCUGCACCCCGAGCCCGCAGCCACGGACCCAGCAAUGCUGUUUGUGCAAUAGAGACGUACCAAAGCCCUUCCAUUCCCACAGCUCUUCUGAGUGGGUGGAGAGGGAGAGGGGAUAAGCCUGAUGUGGGCACAGCAAACGUCCCUCUGAGAACCCCACACGGCCCAGGAGAGCCCCAUUUUCCAUGAGAAGAUGAAAUCAGUCCUGCUCCCUGCAGAGGAGCAGCAAAUGUGAGCACUGGGACUCCGGGAAUGCAAAACCUGCCGGCAAAAACACUCCUGAGGCUGGCACGGAGCAAGGGGGACAGACCUGAUUUUUAAUUCAAUUUCAAAGAAGGAGGUGCAGGGCUCACAGGCGGUGUAGACACCUCGGGAAUCUCCAACAAGGAGUCCAGGGGGGAAAGGAAAGCCAAGUCCAGGCAGCUGGGAUGCUCACUGGGGCAGGAGGAGGAGGAGAGGGAGAGGGAAGCAUCCUCGGUGGGGCCGAACCGAACCCAGGCAUCACCUCCACGAGCACGGGGGCACAAACCUGGCACUGCCCCGGGCACAGCAGUGGGGACAUCCCAGCCUGUGCCAGGCCCAGGCUGCUCUCAGCAGGACCAGGGUGGCGUUGGGUGAGUGGUAAAUCUGUAGUAAGGUGUGAGCAGGGCCGCGGGGCUCCCAUGUGCUCCCAUCCCUGUGCCUGGACACCUCGGAUCUUCCAGCCUGGGAUUCCCUGCCCGCACCCAGGGUGCCACCACCCCCACCUGCCCCUUCCUGGGCUCUUGGCAAAGUAGCUCUUUGUAGCCCUCGUUUUCCCGGGAGCUGGGAAAUGCUGUCGAAGCAGUGAGAGUUGUUAUUAUUACUAAUAGAACUUCCUCUGUCUAUAAAGUACAAUAGAAUAUAACAAUUAUAUUUAUAA